AUGAAACUCCUGGGUUAUUCAGCGCUUUGCGCACUUCUAUUGUUGGCAAGCGCUGAAGAAAAGAAAGAAAAGUCGGCCGCAGACACCAAAUCAGCAGAGUCGCAGACCAAAGAAAAACGUGGUUUGGAACUGGGAUACGGUGGCGGCGGUGAACACGACUUUGGUGGGGGAGGUGGAGGUUAUGAUGGUGGUCAUCAUCACGAAAAAACCGUAACGAUUGUCAAGAAUGUGCCAGCACCAUAUCCUGUGACUAAAGAAGUGCCAGUUCCUGUAGAAAAAAGGAUACCAUAUCCUGUUCAGGUUCACGUUCCCCAACCCUACCCAGUUGAGAAAAGCGUUCCAUACACAGUGAAAGUACCGGUUAAGGUAACCGUUCCGAUCCACAAGCCAGUUCCAGUUGAAAAAACCGUUCCAUACCCAGUAAAAGUACACGUAGACAAACCAUACCCAGUAAAAGUACUCGUACCACAACCUUACCCUGUAUACAAAAACGUACAUGUACCAUACAAAGUACCAGUCCCACAACCUUACCCGGUUGAAAAAGAAGUACCGUACCCAGUGAAAGUACCAGUUCACGUACCUAAACCUUACCCCGUAGAGAAGAUAGUACCAUACCCAGUUAAAGUACAUGUCGAUAGGCCAUACCCAGUACAUGUACCCAAACCAGUACCAUAUCAUGUAGAGAAAAAGAUACCAUAUCCUGUGUUCAAACCUGUACCGGUAGCUGUGAAAGUCCCUUACGAUAGACCUGUACCAUAUCCAGUUGAGAAACCUCAACCAUACCCGGUAAAGGUACCUGUACCAGCACCUUAUCCAGUAGAGAAGAAAAUACCUUACCCUGUAGAAAAACUAGUGCCUUACCCAGUUAAAAUCCCUAUUUUCAAUCCAGUACCUUACACGGUUGAAAAGAAGGUUCCUCAUAUCGUAGAGAAACCAGUACCUGUACCAGUUAAAGUACCAGUACAUGUUCCAGUUAAAGAACACCACCACGAAGAACACCAAGAAAUUGGAGGACAUGAUUUUGGAGGACAUGAUUUAGGAGGCGGUGAUUAUGGCGGUCAUGAUUUGGGAGGUGGACACGACUUAGGAGGAGGCGACUAUGGAGGACACGGUUAUCAUUAGUUUUUAGAUAGUUUUAUUAUUUUAUAAAAUUUGUACUGUUUCUGUCAGUAUUACUGUACGUUGCCUUGUGAUUUUUUUUUGUUAUUAAAUUUUGUAUUUUGUAUAAAAAAAUAUUUAUAGUUACA